GCGGCCGCGGCCAAGGCCCAGGAGUGGCAGGACUCGGGCCGGAGCGUGGCCGGACCCCCACCCGCCGAGGGCCCCAGGGAGGACGCGGCAGAGACACAGUGGCAGCUUGGAGACUUGGCUACCUGGUCCCUGCAGUGACCGCUAGAGCCCAGCCUCACAUCCGCCACCAUUCCGUGCUGCAGGGACACGAUGGCAUCAGAAGAGGACGCUGGAGGGGAGGCCUUAGGGGGCAGUUUCUGGGAGGCUGGCAACUACAGGCGCACGGUGCAGCGGGUGGAGGACGGGCACCGGCUGUGUGGGGACCUGGUCAGCUGCUUCCAGGAGCGCGCCCGCAUCGAGAAGGCCUACGCCCAGCAGCUGGCUGACUGGGCCCGCAAGUGGAGGGGCGCUGUGGAGAAGGGCCCCCAGUAUGGCACCCUGGAGAAGGCCUGGCACGCCUUCUUCACGGCGGCUGAGCGGCUGAGCGCGCUGCACCUGGAGGUGCGAGAGAAGCUGCAGGGCCAGGACAGUGAGCGGGUGCGCUCCUGGCAGCGGGGGGCCUUCCACCGGCCCGUGCUGGGCGGCUUCCGUGAGAGCCGGGCUGCCGAGGACGGCUUCCGCAAGGCCCAGAAGCCCUGGCUGAAGAGGCUCAAGGAGGUUGAGGCUUCGAAGAAGAACUACCAUGCGGCCCGGAAGGAUGAGAAGACGGCCCAGACUCGCGAGAGCCACGCCAAGGCGGACAGCGCCGUCUCCCAGGAGCAGCUGCGCAAGCUGCAGGAGCGCGUGGAGCGCUGUACCAAGGAGGCAGAGAAGAUGAAAACGCAGUACGAGCAGACGCUGGCAGAGCUGAAUCGCUAUACCCCGCGCUACAUGGAGGACAUGGAGCAAGCCUUCGAGAGCUGCCAGGCCGCCGAGCGCCAGCGGCUCCUCUUCUUCAAGGAUACGCUGCUCACCUUGCACCAGCACCUCGACCUCUCCAGCAGUGAGAAGUUCCAUGAACUCCACCGCGACCUGCACCAGGGCAUCGAGGCCGCCAGUGACGAGGAGGAUCUGCGCUGGUGGCGCAGCACCCAUGGGCCAGGCAUGGCCAUGAACUGGCCACAGUUUGAGGAAUGGUCAUUGGACACACAGAGGACGAUCAGUCGGAAGGAGAAGGGUGGUCGCAGCCCCGACGAGGUUACCUUGACCAGCAUCGUGCCCACAAGAGACGGCACCGCACCCCCACCCCAAUCCCUGGGGUCUCCGGGCAGCGGGCAGGAUGAGGAGUGGUCAGAUGAGGACAGUCCCCGGAAAGCUGCCACCGGCGUGCGGGUGCGGGCGUUGUAUGACUACGCUGGCCAGGAAGCAGACGAGCUGAGCUUCCGAGCAGGGGAGGAGCUGCUGAAGAUGAGUGAGGAGGAUGAGCAGGGCUGGUGCCAGGGCCAGCUGCAGAGCGGCCGCAUUGGCCUGUACCCCGCCAAUUACGUGGAGUGCGUGGGCGCCUGAGUGCCCUGACGGCCCUUCUGCGACGUCUCUCCAACCCUGGGUCGGAGCCCAGCUGCUCCCUGGACAGCUAGACCUGGGGCCCUGAACCAUUGUGCCCUGCGGAGCCCUGUCCCCUGAGGAGGGAGGAAGUCCCAGGACCCAGGAAGGGGCGGGCCCUGUGGGGAAAGGCCAGCUGAGUCCAGCCUGAGGCUAAGAAGGGAGAUCAUAGGCCAUGGAAGGGUUUCUGGGUGCCUAGGCCUCCCCAGGAGCUGGGGACCCAGUUCUUGGCCUCGGUUUUGGAAUCCUUGGGAGAGCUUGGGCUGAAUGUAGUUCUGGGCCUAGCAGCAUCCUCUUAUGUGGCUUGUUUUAGUGUGUAUUACAUUUGACAAAAAACAAAAAACAAAACAAAACAAAAACCCCAAAACCAAAAAA